CGUUAGUUCGUUCAGAGAGCUUCUGCUUUGGCAGCGCGCACUUGGCCAAAAUAGUUGUUGGUUCGCAUGCAAAACGUUAAAAUCGCAUUAGCUAAAAACAUUUUUAUACCAACGGCGCGUUUUUAAUUUUUUCUACACUACAAAAACACAAAAAACCCAAAAACAACACACACAUAUAGACAAGAUAGAGCAGGAAAGCAACGGCAAAACAAGAAGCAAAGCUGACUAAACUUUUAACGUUCAAAAACUCGAUGCAUAUACAUACAUAGGUAUAAAUAAAUAAACGCGUGUAUAUAUAACAUAUAAUAAAUGAUAUUUCAAUAAUUUUCAAACAACAAAAGAGUAAGAUGUGUAGAUAUAAUCGAAAAAUGCGUGUCAAGCCGUCCUCUUUACAAAGCAUGAACCCUAAACUAAUGUAAACUACGACUUUUUAAACAUCAUAAUCCUUUGAGAAAGGCAAUACCAGAAAUUUAAGGACUUUGUUUGUGUGUGCGUGUUCGUGUGUGUCUGUGUGUACAUAAAGAUGGAAGGCCGUGUGUGAAACUGAGAAGGCAAAUAUGGCUGCCUGCCUGCCUGUGGCCCACCUUUUGUGUCCGUGUCCGUGUCCGUGUGUGAAAUAAAACAAAAGCCAAACGAAACGAAACGAAACGAAAGAAAAGCAUUAACAAGAAACAGCAACAGCAGCAGCAUCAGAAGCAGCACCACCGGCAGCAGUAGCAUUAGUGGAAAAGCGAUUCAAUGUCACAGUCAGCGAGCAACGUAUAGCAUCCCCAUGUGUGUAUACAUGGAUACAUGUACUCGUAUACCCCGCACGUACAUAUGUGUAUAUAGAGAGCACACAUAAAAAGCCAUAGCCGCAGAUUAGUCUCCCCAAGUAGCUGACAACGAAGGAGCCUCAGCCUCAGCGUCAGCCUCGACGACGACGACAAUCAACAUUCAUCAUACGCACCGUGGGAAGCGGCGCAAAACGCAAAUGCAGCCCCAAUUCGAAAGGUACCAAAGAGCAUACACCUGCCAUUGACAAGUCUCAGCAGCGCGCCUCGCGUGUUGAUGUGCAGCGCCUCUGUGGGCUCUGAGGGAUCCGUAACAUUGCAACUGAGAGAUGCCAGCGCCUUGGAGGCAGCAUCAGCUUCAGCAUCAGCAGCAGCAGCAGCAGCAAGUACGAAAUCUGCCACAUCAGCAGGGGGGAAUGGCGUUACAACGCUUGCCACGUCCUCAACGUCGGCACUAGAGAAUGCUUUGACGAUCGGGUAUCCGGAUCCGGAAAUGCUGGCAGAUGUCUUGGGCAGCAUACAGACAGCCUCUCUGAAGAACAACCACACAAUCACAGCCACAACUUUAAGCAAUAGCUCAACGAAAUCGGCUAAUGGCAAUCAUCUGAAUAAUCCCAACAAAAUAACCAUUACUAGGCGUAGUGUGCAGUCCGUCAGCACAUCCACGAACACAACCACAAUCGGUGGCAGCCAGAGCCAGAGCCACAGCCACAGCCACAGCAAGACAAAUACCAGCUACAUUAAGAACUGUUUGAUUCGCAGCAGCAGCUGCAGCAACACGGUCACCAAUGUCACGACGCUGGCGCAGAUUAUGAGCAACAGCAGCACCAGCAGCGCUUCCAGUCUCCUCAAUCAGCACAACAACAACAGCAACUGCAGCAACAGCAGCAACUUCAGCACCGCCUCCUCCGUGGGCAGUAGCAUCAGCAUCGGCAGCAACAGCAGCAGCAGCAACAGCAACAGUAACGAUAGCAACAGCAGCACCGGCGGAGGGCAUAGCCUAUCCUUUAAGAGCAACGGUAGACAUGUUCCUGGACACAGUGGGGCAGUGGGUGGUGCAAGCACAGUAGCCACAAGCACUAAUACCCCUGGCAUUGGUGGCAUCAUCAGCAUCGAAGCACCGCGCAAGAAUCGCCCCAAAUUAUCCUCUCCAACGCGACACGGACCACAGCAGUGUCAGAUUUGUUGCAAGAUCUUUGGAAAUGCCUCGGCGCUGGCCAAGCACAAACUGACGCACAGCGACGAACGGAAAUAUAUUUGUGUGCUCUGCUCGAAGGCAUUCAAGCGGCAAGAUCACUUAAACGGACACAUGAUGACUCAUCGGAACAAGAAGCCUUACGAAUGUAAGGCGGAUGGCUGCGGCAAGUCCUACUGCGAUGCCCGCUCCCUGCGCAGGCACUCGGAGAACCAUCAUGCGGGUGCAGUCACUCCCAGCACCAGUCAAUCGCUCUCUCCCACAGCAAGCUCGAGCGGGGCGAGCAACAGCAGUGGCGUCGGAGUGGCCACCAGUUCGCUGAGUCUCUCGCCGGCAACGGCCAGCGGGGACGCGAGCUCGCCGGAUGGUGCCACGUGCAUUCGAACGUACAUUUCCACGGGCAGUUCUUUGGUGGAUGCCGCCACGGGAAUCGCUCUGUCGGAUGAACAAAUCAAGGCCAUGAACUUGCCCAUCAAGACGGGCAUGACGCUGCUGUCACCCACCACCUCCACAUCCUCGAAUGCUUCCUCCACGGCCUCGUCGUCGUCACAGUCCUCUUCCCCGUCGACCAUCGCUUCUUCGGUGGCCAGUGGCACCGUGAUAGCCAGCUCACCCACCAUUACGCUCAGCGAUGGCGUCAGUCUCGAGGGCGAGGGCCUGACCCGCGAGCAGCUCGAUCUCAUCAGCAAGAUCAUGCAACAGACAAAGCAGACGAGUGCCCAGGUUACCGUUUCCUCGCCCACCAGCGUCAGCUCCUACAAAAUCAACACAAACUCGGCGCCGUCAUCGUCCAGGCCCCGUACCUGGAACAUGCAAUUGCUAAACAGCGCCCAGAAUGUGACCCUUCAUGUGGAAGAUGGCACCGAUCUGGUUGCUUCUUCAUCGAACUCCCCCGUUGAGAUCAAAGAGGAAGACAUGGGCCAGCAGCAACUUGUGGCCACCGCCAAUCCGCACCUGCUCGUGAAGCUCGACAAGCCAGUCGAGUGCAAUCUCUGUCACCGUAAGUUCAAAAACAUACCCGCCCUCAAUGGGCACAUGCGCCUGCACGGCGGCUACUUCAAGAAGGAUCCAGAAACGAAGCGCAGCGAGAAGAAGGACUCCAGUGGUCCACCCCUGCAGACGGCCAGCAUUGGAGUGCGUGCCCUCAUCGAGGAGAAGAUCAUCAGCAAGCGCAAGGACAUGAACAAGCAUCUCCUCUUCCCGCAGGGCGCCUUUGUGGUACCCGCACCACCGCACAGCAGUAGCAGCAGCAGCACCACCACCACCCUUCGACGAUCGAUCAGUGACCUCGAGAGCUUCCUCAAUCCGAAGAGCAGCUCCAGUGCAUUCACCCAAACGCUCUCCACCAGCACGGCCACCACCACAGCAGUGCUGCCGGCAGCCACAACAAUCAAGAGCAGCAACGGCCUCAGCAUACAGCAGAUAGGACUGCCCCAGAGCAUCGAGAUCUUCAGUGGCGGCCAAAAGCAGUCGAAGACCCUCAGCCUGGGCAGUGGUACCAAUACGAUCACAAUCACCACCAACAAUGUGCCCACAACCACGACGAUGAGUGCGCUGACCGCUCUGAAGGCAGGCGGAACCAUUAGCGGCAUAUCCGCUGCCACCAACACGGAUCCCAAGGACUCCACCCUGAUCGAGCUGCUGAAGCGGGGCACACGCAUUGCGGUCACCUCCAAGAAGGCCCAAUCCCAUUCAACCCAAAGCGGCACGAAUGUGCUGAUGACGAGUAGCCAAAAUGGCGCAGGAUCGGGACUUGGAGCCGUCGCAGAGCUCACAACCAUCGGGGGAAGUAAUAUUCAGACGGUCGGGCGGCAGAUCAUCACCAACAACAAUCGCACCGUGAUUAUACCCUCCGAUGUCCAGGUGGUGGCCACCAAGAGCAAGCUGAGCAGCCUGUCCAGCCUCACGGGAAGCCUGAUUAAGACUAGCAGCAGCGUGAACACAUCCUGUUCGUCUGGGAGCAUCUCCUUGCCCGAUGACACACCCCUCUCGCUGAACAUCGCCCCCAGUCAGGAGGGGCAAGUCGGCGGUGCGACCGGGGGAGUGAUCACGAGCGGGGGAGGCGGAGUGUACACCGUUACCUAUACCAGCGAUGGCACCGAUCUGUUCGACGAUGCAGAGGUAUACAACGUGUCUGACACUGAGAUGCUGCUUCAGACAGUGGACUCCAUGGAGCUGCUGAACGACGAAGAGGACGUGGCGCAGAUCAAGAGCGAACAUUCCGAGGACUUUGCCCUGCUCAGCGAUGCCGGCGAUAGUGUGCACACACAGCUGGUCAAGCUAGAGCCGGACACUGGCAACGCCAAUGGCUCCAGCAGCACCACCACCACAAAUACCAACACCACACCGCUGCCCACCUUCCAGCAAUUCCAUUCCAAGGAGCUCAUCAUGCAGAACAGCUCCCAGAUUCAGGCAAUAGCCAGCAUGCGAGGCAGCAUCCUCCCCUCUCCACUCCACUCGCCGCUGGCCUAUCCGACGCCACCCUCCAGUCACGAGAACAUGGCCCAGUCGUCGCCUUUCAUUGAGGAUGCGGCCGCCCAGUUUGUGGACGCCAGCAACACCUUCUUCGGCGACAAGACGGACUUCUCGCACAUCUACUUCAAGACCGACGAUGGCCAGCCCAUCGAACAGCUAAACGAGAACGAUACCGAGAAGAUCCUGAAGCUGAAGUCGGUGCUGGAGGAGAGCAGCUUCGAUCCCUCCAUCAAGGUGGAAGACUUGCUGAAUGGAACGGAAGAUGACACCGAGUGCGAUCUGCGGGAGUUUGCCGAGACAAAUCUGUCGUUCCUGGACGAGGACCAGGAGUUCCUCAACGAUUCACGCAAUGCCACCUCCCCGUUGUCGGAAUCAUUCUUCACCAGCGGCAUUGGUUCAGCGGAGGAUGUAAAGCAGGUUCUGCGCGAAGUGCUCCCUGACGAGAACAUGCAGCUGCAGCUGACCAGCGCUGAGCAGGGCGAGAACAUCAUUGAUCUCUACUAUUUGCCGGGCCUGGGACUGCAGUCCCAGAUGAUGAACAACUCGGAGGACCCGAUGCUCUCCUCCUCGCCACGCGAAUUUGGACUGCAGCGUCAGAUGGGACAGAUCCAGGCCACAACAAUGCCACAGCCGAUGGAGCCGCAGCUUCAAACCACGGCCAUCUAUCAGCAACAAGAGUCACAAAUGCAACAGCAGUCACAGCAACAGAUACAGCAACAGCAACAGCCGCAACAGAUUCUGGUCCCCCAACAAUCUCUGGGCCAAGGGGUGUCCAUGCAGACUCAGGCAGGCCAGCAGCAGACAGAAUUUAUGCUGCCACUGGUGGGUGGUCAUGGCUUUGCGGCGGUUAGCAGCCAGACCCAGUACCUGGAUACCAGUCAGAGCACCAUGACACUGCAGCCUCUCAACAGCCUGCUACAGCCCCUGCUUUAUGGAGGUGGCUCAAAUGGCACACCCACCACAGGCACUGCGUCAGUACUCACCACCGAUUGCCAGAUGAAUCCCAAUCAAGGUCAGACCAACGCUCUCGAUGCCAGCCUGAUUUUUUCCUGCAGCGCCACAGCCACUAAUGGCAAUGGAAAGUCCCUGCUGGCCACCCUGCCCACAGCGGUGCCCACCUCAGUGGUGAUAGCCACCCCGCCCAGCGUAUCCAAUCUGCAGCCGUUGUCGAAUCAAACCAAUUCCAUACUGAAGCGUCGUUUGCGCUCGAGUGCUCCCCAGGAGACGCAGAAGUUCUCCAAGUUCCACACCCUGUCGCCACACCGCUCCAAGCUGCGAAAGCCCUCGCGCACACACUAUACGCCGGCCCCCAUCCUGAAUCCGGACCGCAAGGGAACAGGUCUGUAUUGUAUUGUGCGUAAGCAGCAGGGCCAGGGCAUAUUCGAUGCCUUCGAGGAUGACUUUGGCGAUCCGGUGGGCCUGGUAGAUUUCUCUGACGAGUCAAAGGUUAACCUCGGCUCGGCGUAUCAGGCACAGAUACCCUGCUGCAAGCCUUUCGAGGAGGCCAGCAAUGAUCCCAUGGGUGCGGAGAUGAUGUGGAACCCCGAGGUGCAGGAGGACGAUAAAAUCCUGAUGCGUUACAUAGAUCUCAGCAAAUCAUCGGCCGUGCCAAUGGGCAGUCAUUCCGAGGAGGUGGCUCUCCACACGCUGCUCAAGUCCCAGGGCAAUUCGGCGGCGGCGGUGCUGACCCUCCUCCAGACGCAAUCCAGUGCAUUUCAAAUGAAGUGGACCGCCAUCGAGCUGGAGCAGUUCCUGCGUGGUCUGGAGAAGCAUGGCAAGGACUUUGGCAAGAUUGCCUGCGAGCUUCGCACAAAGUCCUCGGGGGAGUGUGUGCAAAUGUAUUAUUUCUGGAAGAAGCUCUGCGUGGACUAUAAGGUAUCGCAUUUGAAGAUGGAGCCAGUGACCCACAUCGUACCCCCCGUGGAGAAGCCCUAUGUUUGCGAGAUUGCAGACUGUUCAGCGAGCUUCAGUUCAAAGGCGGCGCUGCACGGCCAUGUUCGCAUACACGCUUUUGGCCGUAAUGCCAGCAGCAACAACAACAGCAACAGCAGCAACAACAACAACAGCAGCAACAACAGCAACAGUACGCAGCAUGCCAUGGCAAAUAACGCCGCAAGCGGCAAUCAACAAAGUUCCAACAGCUACGCAUGCGCACCGCUGACAAACAACAGCAGCAAUAAUCCAUUAUGCAAUGCAACAUCAGCAACAACAAGUGCAACGAAUCAUAGUGGCAAUAAUGGCACUAUUAAUGGCAAUGGCAACCUAAACACAACGACAAACACGUCCUCAUCGACAACUUCCAAAGUGGAAACGGGCAACACGAACGUCACUGCCCCGCCAGCCGUCAAGGAGGGGGAAUUCCCCUGCAAGGUGUGCGGCAAAGUAUUCAAUAAGGUGAAGAGUCGCAGUGCUCACAUGAAGACGCAUCGGGUUCAGGAAUCGGAUCAGUCUCCCAAAAACCAACAUCAUCAACAGCAACAACAACUGCAGCUGCAACAAAAGCAGCAACUAAGCAAUCUAACAAAUAUUAUCACAGGAUCAGUCACCGGGACAGGCACUGGGACAGGAACAGCAUCAGGAUUAGCAUCAACAGCCGCCUCAUCAGCGAUCACAACGUCGUCUUAGAGACCGAUAGGGAAAGAUAUAUGGAUGCAAAAUACUUCCAAAAAUAAUGAUUAAACAAAUGAAAAAUCGAUUGACAAUCGCAUUAAGCAAGCCGCGUUAGAAUUUACUCUUAGACGAAUUUGAGUCUAAAAAUCAAUGUCAUCUGUACGUAGUAGUUAAAGGCAUUUCUCCAUUCAAAUCGCUCCUUCAGUCUAUCUCUAACUACGCAUCUCUAAGUCUAGUGUAGAAUCUAUCUAUCUAUCCAAUGAAAUCACCCUAUCUUUCACUCUAUAUCUAUCUAUCUAUCUAUCUAUCUAUCAUCUAAGUAGGAAACACUUUGACUUACUCUAGGGAAUAAGUCUAGCCAAUGAUUGGUACAAGUUCAAAUUGAAUUGUUAUUAACUAUUGUAGGCAAGUGCAAUAUUUAUGUUGAGAUAUGUAAUUCUAAUAUACCCCCUACCGUAUUUUUAUAUCGUAGUAGGCGUUUAUUCUGCUCGACUCGACUGUAGGUGUAACUCUAUAACUUUAAACACAGAAAAAAACAGAACUAUGGCUAAAGCUAAAGCUCAAUCCAAAUCUAUGAUAAACACUAGCGCAUAAUUACUGUUAACUACAAGUUUUUUCUACUCCAAAUACUCGUACAUAGUUGCAACACACUACACUGAUACUUUACUAGAGCGAUAAAAGUGUAGACACUAAGAGAAUCUCUAUAUAUAUGUACAUGUGUACAUACGAGUAUGUAUGUACAUGUAUAUGAAUAUAUGCCCUAGACUUACGAUAUAUGCGAUAUAUGAUUGUUGUUCUAGUUUUAACGACGCAAGUCAGCAACUCCAAGUAGUUGAAAUUUUACUUAGAUCGUACUUACAUACAUACAAUACAUACUACCUACAAAAACCUAAAAACAAAAACAAAAACCCAGAACUAUUGUACUUAAACUAUGGCUUAAAAACCGACAAAAACAAAAAUCCAUACGAAAAUCUAGUGAAAUCAAGUGAUAUUGAGUGAGAUCAAAAACGAUUUUAGCUAAAAACGAAAAAGAUUAACAAAAUUUAACACUUACACAUACACAUACACAAACACACUUACAGAUGCAGAUACAAGAGACACAAAUCUAAUGCAAUGAAAUCGAUAUUAUGGAAAAUUUUAAAUUUAAUUUUAACGCAAUGUUUUAGGCUGUAAGGCAAUGUACAUAAGAUAACCGUAAGGAUACCCCUUAAGGACAGAUAACUUUCAAAUCUCUCCAAAACGCAUAAAAGACAUUAAACUAUUGAUAUUUCUAGAUUUAUCCCUCCCCAAUCCAAAACUCCCACCACCCCAGCCACAUCACCUUCCCCCCUCUCACACACAGACACACACAGAUCAGUGACUGAGAGGCAGUGAGGGUUCCAUCCCCACUCAAACUCAACCCACAGAUCCGAAUCCUCAUCCAAAAUGCUCAGCACCCAGGAAGCACACACAGAGAGACAGUACAGUACAGUUUUAUAUAGACAUAGGUUAUACAUACAUAGUAAUUAUAUACAUACAUAUAAUUAUAUUCAAUUAAAUGGUACAACAGUAAAUCUGCCAGUAAUUUGAAGCAACAACAACAAGAAUCACACGUUUUCCAUUUGGACAGUGAGCUAAUGUACUACAACAAAUUGAUCAAUUGAUUCAAACGUUUUUGAGGCCAGUGCCGUGCCGGGUGGCGUAUAUUAAUCUAGUUUAAUGUAAACCAAUGCAUGCAAAGCUAAAAACCAAAUACCAAAUUAAAUAUUCGUAUUUAGUCUAAUAUCUUCAGACCCGACCCUAUCCCCGUACACCUACACCGUUACACAGAUCCCGACAGAGACAGAGCCAGAGAUGCGAAUGAGAAUGAGGAAAAUUAAUGAGAAACUAUUAGCAAUUUUUACGGUUGUACUUUUCCAGUUGUGUGCGUAAGGUUUACUUAUCGCACUGUAUACAAAACCACUCUAUAUAUGAUGUUGUAAAUAUCACAGACAGAAUUCAGACCUGACACCAACUUACACCAACUAUGUAUGACCAUCCGUCGCGUUGGUUGUCUUUGACAUGUGUUCGCUUCCUCCCUCUGACUUAGCAUACUUAGUAACCAUAACCAUAGAUUUAGUUAACGGAUGACAUAAUUCUUGGAUAUUUUUCGGUGUUAUAUACAAUAAGUGUAAGCGUAUAAACAUAGAUACGAGUACAGCUACAGCAACCCACCAUAAAGCACCUUCAAGAACUGUUUGUUGUGGGCUCUUCGAAGCCGUUCAAAGACUUUCUCACGUACAAUAAUCUGUUUGUAUCAACCAUAUUGUUCAUCCUUUGUUCUGUGUAUUAUCUCCGCUAUUUUCCAAUUCCGUUUCCUUUUUAACUCUUCUGUUCUAUUCUGUUCCGUUAAGUUCUGUUUUAUGCUAAAAUGCCUUCAAGCGUAAGUCUUAAGUAUUAUAAAAUAAAGUAUGUAACAACAAAAUGAAUGUUUAUCCUUAAGUAAGUGUUGAAAUCUAGGCGUAUAUAUAAUUAGCUUAAGUUGGAAUGUGUGUGCACUUUGUUGCUUUUCAAAAAAGUUUCCUAAAGACAAACAGACGAUAAACGUGAAUAUAUUUGUAUUGGUUCUACCGUCUACAUCUAGUCAACUGCAGUAGGUUAUUUACCAAAAUUAAUUUAUAUUUUAUUUUAAGCAUUGUUAACUGUGCAAAAUGUUUAUCGUUUACCAAUUAAAUGAUUUCAACUGUUUCAUUUUUCAUACGAUUGUUUUUUUUUUGCAUUUUUAUAUUAUUUUCUUAUACGAGUAACAUAAAACGAGAAAGACAAUCUGUGACAAGGAUCGUGUGCUAUUUUUCCCCUUGUUCUCUAAAGCUUAUUUCAAGAAAUAACUCAGCUACAGCGACGCACCGCUCUGCUCACUCACUUAAUUCGAAUACUCUGCGUUGUGAUUGUUCAUUAAGCGAAUGUAAAUCGUAUUUACGCAAUACUUAUAUAUACGUAUGAUUAUACGAUAUUAUAAUCUGUAUAUAAAUAACCCUAAUCAACGAUUCCACAUACCAAUCAAAGGUCAUGCUCAUACCCAGACAUGCCACGCGCAUCUAGCUGGAUGGGUAGCCGACUUCUUUUUAGCUCAAAACUCAAGUUCAAGUGAUCAAAAAUACGAAAUUUGAUUCUAACUCAAAGCCAUUAAAUAGUUCAAUGUGCAGCUCAUCAAUAAUUUUGCCAUUCAAGAUAAGUACUGCAUGCAUAAAUGUGUAUUUUGUACAACUUACAGAUACCAUACUGAAUAAAGCUACCAUAAAUGUAUGUAUGUAGUCAUACCUGAAAAACAAGGGGAGAAACAAAAAAUAUAACGCGUAAAAUGCAACUGAAUUACUUCGAAUACAAUACAAAAAUCUUUUGAAAUUGAAAACGAUUGAUAAUAGCUAUUAGACAUAUCAAUUUUAUUUAAAGCGAAUCGACUAAACAUUCAAUAUAAUAUAUAUAUACACACCUGUGCGUAUAUGUACUACAUAGUUGGUACACGUGUAUGUAUCUGUGCAAGUUUGCAUUCCUGUUUAGUCAGUAAGUGGACAUUUUAAGCAACAUCGGAAAGUGCAAGUGCAUAAUGAUGUGAUCUACGAGUAUACACAUGGUAAAGUAGUAAUUAGGGGAUCUUCUGUUAGGCACAACUUUCACUAUAUCUACGCUUCACAUGCGACAUCUCAGAGUAUUUAGACUGACGAGUAAUAAAAGAAUACGAAAAUGUGAGAUCUCAGCAUUGGAUGAAUUCUUCAGCCUGUUCAUUCUUGUGCCAAACAAAGUAUCGAUCAUGAUCUAUACCUACUAUAUGUAUAUUGCAUAUGUGACGCAUUGCGAGACAAACUUUACCGCUCAGUAUUAUCGAGAUUCUCGCCCGGACUGGGAGUCCUUAUCCUCGAUUUGUGCGGCUCUCGGUCUCGGUCGGGCAGAUCGGCCCUGCUAUUAUUAAGUACCAUAUAUACAAAAACUACACAAAUCUACUAUGUAAGUUUUAACUGUAAUAAAUAUGCAAUGAUACACUUUUAUAAAGAACACACAAACUGUUACUUUAUGGCAUUUAGCUGAGAUGCUGUAACCUCUUGUUGAACGUAAUUUGUACAAUACGUACUACGUAGCAUGUAAAUCUAUUUAGCUCGCAACAUGCCGACACAGACACAGAUACAGACUCAGAUAUACCCACACAUAAAGAAUAUAUCUGUAUGUAUUUAUACAGUGCUAAUAUUAAUGUGUAUCUGACAUACAUACAUAUGUAAAUACAUAAGAGUAAAUGUAAACUUAAAUGUUUUCGUGGUUGUAAACUGAUGAUCAAAAUAGAUUUAAACGAUUUUACAUGCUUUCAUUUGAACGCGGCGAUACUUUAACUUUGCUUUAACACUUUUUGGUACCGUACCUAAUAACAUUGUACUUAAUAACAACCGGCACAUGCUCGUAAAAUGCAUUUCUUUAAACGAAAUACGCGUAAUCCUUAUUUUUUCAUUUCGACUCAAUCAUUGUUUAUACCAGUCUUACAAUAUCAUAGCAAAGUCUAUGGAGAGAAAAUGUAAAUGGGAAAAACGUAAUGUUUUCACGAAGAUCAGACUUUUUUAUAAGCAUGAUCAACAAUAUAAACGAUAUUUGAAAAAAUCAUGAAUAUUCCCUCCAAAUAAUUUUUAAAAAAUUAUGUAUUUGCUAUAGAAGUCAAAUCUCUGAUAAUUGUAAUGGAAUGCGUAUAAGGAGUCAGGCGGCAGGUGGCAGGAUGGCCAGAGGGGCUCAAAGGAAUUUGAGCCUGUUGAGAUGGGGAAACGGAAAUGAAUCUGUCUAUAAUGGAGGUAUAUUGUAUUUAGCAUGAUGUUACCAGUUACAUUUAACAUAAUUACGAUUAAAAUGAUUAUUGUGUAUUGCAUGUGUAUGUGUAAUGUAUGUAAUUACAAGGAAACUCUAUAAAACAAAAGAAAAGAAAUGAAAUCUUAAGGAGAUUUAAGAAAACCAGAAACUAUGGCACACUUUUGCCAUUUAAUUGUAGUCAAUUCUUCAAAUGCAUUAGAGGAUAAGUGUAAAGACGAAGGAUGAUGAACAGGACGAUGAUAUAUGGACACUAUUUUCUAAACAUAUUACAACAAUAAUUUAUGAAUUUGUUGGUAAUUUUAUACAUAUAUAUACACAGUUAUUGUACUUUUGUUAGCUAGCAAAACGACAACGACAACUUAGGUAGCGCUGAGGUAGAUAAACUUUAUGAAUGUUGUACCCAAAGCCCACGCCCCGGACACCAGCGAGAGCACUCUGUACAGUCACCGAGCUAGAGCCCAGCCUCAAGGCACGACGACAGCAGCAGGAAGGAGCAGGACCUGUGUCGUGUCCCCUACCAAGUUAGUUAGGUCCGCGUCCCUCAAAUAAACUCUCCUUA